AUGGGCGAGGAAGAGGAAAACGAGCCAACUAGCUUCCCGAAGCUCAAAUUUCCGUUUCUACCCCUAUCCUCCGUCGCCACGCAAUCUCCGGACCACCACCACCCGCCGCCGCCGCUAGAGACCCAGGCUUCGGUGCCGUUCAAGUGGGAGGAGCAGCCCGGGAAGCCCCGACCCUGCACAGACAUCAUAACCCUACCCGGACCCGCCAGGCUCCCGGAGCCCCCUCCAUGCCGGCUAACACUUACAAAGAUGCCCUCGCCCACCACGGUUCUCGACGGACCGUACGUGUACAGCGUGGCCCGGCCAAGGUUCUCCUCCUUCCGGCUCUUCAGGGAGCCGUUCGACGGCAUCGGCGACAGCCCCCGCGGCUCCAUGGACGGGCCGGUCGGAGACGGUGGGGCCCACAAGAGGAAGGGGUUUCUUGGCCGGGGCUUGAUGAGGUUCAAGGGCGAUGGGAGGUCGACGGAAGGUGGCAGGGGUAAUUCGGGGUUUUCAUCACCGGCCUCGGCUGAGGGGAAGCUGAAUAGAAGUGGAAGCUUUACUAGCUUCUCACAACCUUCGUCUCCUCGUCUCUCUUGUUCUGCAGACAAUAACAGUGCCACUCACGUGGCUAUGACCAAGCAAGUGGUGCAAGUGGCUAUAUUUUUUAUUAAGUAA